AUGCCUAAAUCAAGGGCUGAAAUUAAUAGCAGAACACAUUCUGAGUCGAUUAAACAUUUAAUGAAACAAGCAAACUCCAGCCUUUAUCUCAUAGAAGAAGGAUUUUUAAACUAUAGCUAUAAAUAUAUUGACAAUGCAAUAGAAGGGUUGGAAAUGUUGAAUAAAUCCACCUUGGAUCUUAAUUUCCAAAAUAUUGAAGAAAGUAGUAAGAAAGAAGGUAACAACAGUUUUAGUCUUCCUACUGUGGCCAGCAGCAUCAUAGUUUUCUCUAUUACUAUCAUUGUUAAUAGAUCUUUUAAUUGUAUUACCUCAGAAUGCUAUAAAUAUGAAACACAAUUGUCCACAGUUAUACAGGAUAAUGAGAUAAAAGAUCUGUGUAGCACACAUAUUAGGCAAAGACUUUUAUUCUAG